CUCAGAGUUAUAUCAUUCUCACGGCAGGAAAAGUUAGCGCACUUCACUUUCAAAAAGAAUUCUUCACUCGUUCCGAAAAAUGGCCAAGCUAUUCCUCCUUGUUGCCCUUGUUGGCUUUUUGGCGCUGGUCGCAGAUACUGAAGCAUCGUGUCAAAAUGAGGCUACAACCUGUGAGGCAGGCACGCAGUUCACGGAAGGUUGCAACAGCUGUUCUUGUUCUGCUGAUGGACAAGUGAAGUCUUGCUGCACCAGUUACAUGACUCCACUUACUUGGACAGAGGGAUGCGAAAGCAACUUCAAUGCAGUUGACUGUGUGUAUAAUGUCACCCCCAAAGACGGCAGUAACGCUGUGUGUGAGAUAUUUUCAGCAGUUGGUUAGAAUGGAAUGCACCGAUAACUCGUCUCGAUUCUUCCUCCAAACAAUAAUUAAUUCUUAAAAUUGAUUUCCAUUUGACCUUUUCGUAUCUGACGAUAAAAGUUAUAAAUGUCAUUAUUGUUUACUUGCUGGACAAAACGCUAAAAAUUGAGCGUCAAUAACACUAUACCACAUGACUUUAUUGGAGCUAACCGUAUUUUGGGGGGUUAUGUGUUGUUUUAACUUUGCAAGGCACAAACUGGUUUGAAUUUUAAGUAUUCUUAAAGAGCAAAUAGCUAUAAGUGUUAUAUUUGAACAACAUAAACCUUACGGAAUUGUCACAUUUAAAAGACUUAGUGAUUUUAACUCACAUGUAAGGCUUAUGCGUGACGUGUUUCAAAAGCAUAAGAGUAGGGCGUUUCUUUUGAAAGCUCAUCAAAACGAAUUUGCCAGUGACAAUACUAAAAUGAAAGCGGCAUGAACCACAAAUAUCAGUUUGGUGUUUCUUUUUAAAAGAAUUUCGAUUUAUACUUUAUUGGUCUUCUGAACUACUAUACUUUUAGUUCCGCAAAAAAGCACAACAUUUCGCCAAUACAGCAAACUUGCUAAUUAUUUUCGCAAACUCUAACAGUUCUGUUGAUGUUAUAAUAUACCCUUGAAUUAAAUGCAUGAAUGAAGUCGCAAAUAAAGAUACAGUUAACUACUCGCAAAACAAUCUCUUGUCUGUAUUGCUUUUCUCCGUGUGUUUCUAAGUGUGACAUUUCGCCAAUACAGCAAACUUGCUAAUUAUUUUCGCAAACUCUAACAGUUCUGUUGAUGUUAUAAUAUACCCUUGAAUUAAAUGCAUGAAUGAAGUCGCAAAUAAAGAUACAGUUAACUACUCGCAAAACAA